GAAACCAUCCACAGAUUAUACACACUGCGAGAGAAACACCCCAAAGCGGAAGAAGUUCUGGCAUCCUGAACAGCACUGUAAGGAGGGUCUUGUCACUGUAGCGAAUGCGUUCCGUUAAACCUCGAAACUUUAAUGUAUGUUUGUCUCCGAGAGGGUAACAUCUAGGACAAUAAAACGUAAGAUUGGCUGCCGUUGCUGUUAAUCGUUCACAAAGUCUAGAAACACUCAAACAGUUGAUGACGCCGAAUCUUUUACCAGUGACUGGAAUUUGUUUUGGAAUACUACCACGUGACAAGCGCCACAAGCAACAAGCGCAGAAGACAGAAUAACAUUGAAAGCCUUUCAAACACUUCUAAUUGUUCUUCUUAUCGCACAAGACCGCCGCACGCCUAUGUCAGAGGAGCAAGGAAAAGAGUGUCCUUGUGAGAUGAGUCUCUCAGAGAAACAGAGUGUGCGAUCAGGCUCAUACGUGUUCAGCUCUGUGUCUAUGAAGAGUGACCAGUCAAAAGCUGAACCACUGGGAUUCAGUGAGAAAAAAACAUCAUCUACCAAAAGCAUUCAGUACGAGACAUUAGGUUUAGGCAUCCAGACUCACAAGAACCAUUUCAAAGAAAAUCUCCUGUGGAUCUUCCAGGAUCUUGAGAGUAAAGUGAUCAAGUUUCUGAAGGAUGAGCUAGAAAAGUUUAAGAAAAUAUUACAAAAAGAGAACACACAAUACUUAGUGAAGGACUUUAAUGAGAAUAGAUGCAUUAUCAGUGAAGCAGCUCUUGAUCUCACACUCUACUUUCUUAGAAGUAUGAAGCAAGAUGAAGCUGCUGAUACUCUACAAGAUGAGCUGUUCUUCAUUCAUCAGCUAAAAUGCAAUCUGAAGAAAAAGUAUCAAUGUGUGUUUGAAGGAAUUGCAAAGCAAGGUGACUCUAUACUUCUGAAUAACAUCUACACAGAUCUCUAUAUCACUCAGGGUUGUAGUGAACAGGUCAGUACUGAACAUGAGGUAAGACAGAUUGAGUCCUUUUCAAGGCAUAAUGAAUCACAUGAGAUACAAGUUGAAUGCAAGAAUUUAUUUGAAGCAACCGAACAAGACAAGGAGAUCAGAACUGUAAUGACAAAAGGAGUUGCUGGUAUUGGAAAAACAAUCUGUGUGCAAAAGUUUGUUCUGGAUUGGGCUGAAGAAAAAGAAAAUAAAAACAUCAGCUUCAUAUUUCCUCUUCCAUUCAGAGAGAUGAAUUUAAAGGAGAAAGAAACACAAAGCUUGAUUGGUCUUCUAAAUGAGUUUUUCCCAGAGACAAAAGGACUGAACAUUACAAGAAAGAAUAAAUUUAAAGUUUUGUUCAUCCUUGAUGGACUGGAUGAAUGUCGUCUUCCUCUAAACUUUGACAGUAAUGAGACAUUGCAUGAUGUAUCAUCACCAGCUUCUCUAGAUGUUCUCCUUACGAACCUCAUCAAGGGAAAUCUGCUUCCUUCUGCUCUCAUCUGGAUCACCACCAGACCAGCAGCUGCCAGUAAGAUUCCUCCUGACUGUAUUGACCGGCUGACAGAGAUACGAGGAUUCAAUGAUGCACAAAAGGAGGAGUACUUCAAAAAAAGGUUCAUGGAUGAGAAUCAGGCCAAAGAAAUCAUUGGUCACAUUAAACAAUCAAAGAGUCUCUUUAUCAUGUGCCACAUUCCAGUCUUCUGCUGGAUUUCAGCCACUGUUCUCCAGAAUAUUUUAGAGGAGAAAAGAAAGAAUGAUUUGAAAAACAAUCAAGCUGAUGGCGCCUCCAAAACACUAAAGGAAUCAAAUACUGAAGACACUCCCAAGACUCUGACACAAAUGUACACACAUUUUCUUCACUUUCAAAUCCUGCAGAGCAGACGAAAGUAUGAUGGAAAAUACACUGCAGAUGUUUCAUGGGAUAAAGACGCCAUUCUUUCACUGGGGAAACUGGCAUUUGAUCAGCUGAAAAGAAACAAUGUGAUCUUCUAUGACACAGAUCUGGAAGCCUGUGGUAUUGAUGUCUAUAAGGCAUCCGUGUAUUCAGGCAUGUGUACCCAGAUCUUUAAAGAGGAAACAGGUAUCAUUCUUGGUACCAUGUACUGCUUUGUUCACUUAAGCAUUCAAGAGUUUAUGGCAGCCCUUUAUGCACAUCUGUUUCUAGACAUCAACAAGAAAAUUGUGUUUGUUCAUGAGUCUACAGAACAGGAAAAUAAAGAUGAAACCAUGAUUGAUUUGCUUAAGACCGCAGUGGACAAAGCACUCGAGAGUGACAAUGGACACCUGGACCUUUUCCUUCGCUUCCUUCUUGGUUUGUUACUCCAAUCCAAUCGACAACUCUUACGAGGUCUUUUGACACAGCAAAGCAACAAUGACAAGAGCAAAAAGGAAAUAGUUCAUUACAUCAAGCAGAAAUUAGAAGAUAAUCCAUCUCUAGAGAGAUCCAUCAAUCUGUUCUACUGUCUGAAUGAACUGAACGACCAAACUCUGGUGAAAGAGAUUCAGAUCCACCUUAACAAAGGAAGUCUCUCAUCUGCUGACCUUUCUCCUGCCCAGUGGUCUGCUUUGGCCUUUGUGUUGUUGACAUCAGAUGAGGAGCUGGAGGAGUUUGAGCUUCAGAAAUUCAAGAAAUCAGACGAGUGUCUCAUUAGAUUAUCAGCAGUCAUCAAAACAUCCAAAAGAGCUCUAUUAAAUGAUUGUAACUUAACAGAAAAAAGCUGUUCAGCACUGGCUGCAGUUCUUGGAUCAGAUACCAACCUGAAAGAACUCAACAUGAACAAUAAUAAUCUGCAUGAUUCAGGAGUGAAGCUACUCUGCACUGGACUGAAGAAUAUACAGUGUGAAUUGGAGAUACUGAGGCUUUCAAACUGCAGUAUCACUGAAGAAGGUUAUAAAGCUCUGGCUUCAGCUCUGAGAUCAAACCCUUCACACCUGAUAGAGCUGGAUCUCACAGGAAAUGAUCCUGGACAAUCAGGAAUGAAGGAGCUUGAUGAUUUACUACAGGAUCCAAACUGUCAACUGAAGACACUGAGGUUUUUGGGUCCUGUUGCAGAGGAAGCCUGUCAGUAUGUGACUGGAAUUGUGGGUAAAAACUUGUUACUCUUGAGACAGCUGAAUCUAAGUGAACGUGAACUAGGAGACACACGAGUGAAUCAGAUUGCUGCUCUACUGCAGGAUAAACACUGUAAACUCAACACACUGACGCUAUGUGAUUGUGGUCUAACAGAGGAAAGUGGUUCUGCUCUCGCCACAGUCCUGAGAUCAAACCCCAGUCUGAAAGAGCUUGACAUCAGCAACAAUAAUCUGCAUGAUUCAGGAGUGAAGAAACUCCAGGAUGGAUUAGAAAAUACAAACUGUACACUGCAGAAACUCAAACUUUCAAACUGCAGUAUCACUGAAGAAGGUUAUAAAGCUCUGGCUUCAGCUCUGAGAUCAAACCCUUCACACCUGAUAGAGCUGGAUCUCAGAGGAAAUGAUCCUGGAGAAUCAGGAGUGAAGCAGCUCAAUGAUAUACUACAGGAUCAGAACUGUCAAGUAAAGACACUGAGAUUUUUGGGUCCUGUUGCAGAGGAAGCCUGUCAGUAUGUGACUGGAAUUGUGGGUAAAAACCCGCUACUCCUGAGAGAGCUGAAUCUGAGUGAACGUAAACUAGGAGACACACGAGUGAAUCAGAUAGCUGCUCUACUGCAGGAUAAACACUGUAAACUUAACACACUGAAUCUGAAUAACAGUGAAAUCACAGAAGAAGAUUGUGAAGUUCUAGAUGAAGCUUUAAAUUUAAACCCUUCAAAUCUGACAGAGUUGAAUCUGAGUGGGACAAAACUCAGAAACUCAGGAAUGAAGAUCUUCUCGGCUUUGUUUAAGAAUGAACAGUGUAGACUGAAAAAGCUGAAGUUGAAUUCCAUUUGUAUUACUGAAGAAGGUUGUACUGCUCUGGCAUCAGCAUUCAAUUCAAACCCUUCAAACCUGAUAGAGCUGAAUCUGAGUGGGAAUAAACUAGGAGACUCUGGAGUAACUGAAAUCUCCAGUCUAAUGAGAAAUUCACAAUGUUCACUUCAGAUACUCAGACUUUCAGACUCCAGUAUUUCUGAAGAAGGUUAUAAAGCUCUGGCUUCAGCUCUGAGAUCAAACCCUUCACACCUGAUAGAGCUGGAUCUCAGAGGAAAUGAUCCUGGAAAAUCAGGAGUGAAGGAGCUUGAUGAUUUACUACAAGAUCCAAACUGUCAACUGAAGACACUGAGGUUGUUACAAAGUCCUGAAGCAGAAGAAGCGUAUAAAUAUCUAACUGAAGUUCUUCAAAUAAAAAACCCGUUACUCCUGAGAGAUCUGAAUCUGAGUGAACGUGAACUAGGAGGCACACAAAUGAAUCAGAUUGCUGCUCUACUGCGGGAUAAUCACUGUAAACUCAACACACUGAAACUGUGUGAUUGUGGUCUAACAGAUGAAAGCUGUUCACCUCUCGCUACAGUCCUGAGAUCAAACCCCAGUCUGAUAGAGCUCGAUAUCAGCAACAAUAAACUGCAGGAUUCAGGAGUGAAGAAACUCCAGAAUGGAUUAGAAGAUAGAAACUGCACACUGCAGAAACUCAGACUUUCAAACUGCAGUAUCACUGAAGAAGGUUAUAAAGCUCUGGCUUCAGCUUUGAGAUCAAACCCUUCACACCUGAUAGAGCUGGAUCUCACACGAAAUGAUCCUGGACAAUCAGGAGUGGAGCAUCUCAGUGAGUUACAACAGGAUCAAAACUGUAAGCUGAAGACACUGAGGGUUUUGAGACGUUCUGAUGCAGAUGAAGGGUGUCAGUAUGUGACUGGAAUUGUGGGUACAAACCCGUUACUCUUGAGAGAGCUGAAUCUGAGUGGAUGUGAACUAGGAGACACACGAGUGAAUCAGAUCUCUGCUCUACUGAAAGAUAAACACUGUAAAUACAACACACUGACUCUGUGUGAAUGCAGUAUUACAGAUAAACAGUGUUUCAUCCUGACUUCAGCUCUGUGUGUAAACCUUUUACACCUGAAAGAGCUCAACCUGAGUGGAAAUAAAAUAGAAAACAAAGGAGUAAAGCAUAUAUGUGAAAUGCUGAUUGAUUCACGCUGUAAACUGGAGAGAUUGAGGUUAAGAUUAUGUGAUGUGACAGAUGAAGGGUGUUCUGCUCUGACUUCAGCUCUGAAAUUAAACCCAUCACAUCUGAUAGAACUGGACCUGAGUGAGAAUCAACUAGGAGACUCUGGACUGAAAAACAUUUGUGAUCUACUGAUGAACCCACAAUGCAAGCUGGAAAAACUAGCUCUAAAUGACUGUGGCAUUACAGAAGUUGCUGUUUUGGCUCAAUCUUUGGCUGAGAAUAAUGCACUGGUAUUUUUAAAAGAGCUUGAUCUGAGUAAAAAUAACAUAGGAUACUCCAAAACUCAGCUCAUUGAUGUGCUACGAGACUCCAACUGUAACCUGAGGUGA